GUUAGGAUACAACAGUUUAAGUCCAACCAUCUGAAAUUGCACUUCCCAACCGAAUGCAUUGUACAUUAUGGUUCAUGUCAACUUGUUUAGAAAAUGGAUGUUCGGCAUUCUGGCCUUUGUUUUGGUUGUGACUGUUUGUCUGUGGAAGGAAACACGGAAAGGAAUUUACAUCUCCGUAACAACAGAAAGCCAAACUGAUAAUCUGCAAGUGAAGCUGUGGAAAUGGAUUUCGAUGAAACCAAGAAUGGACCAGAAUAAAACUGUCAAUGGCACAAGCAAAGUCACUUUGUCCAGCAAAGAAUCCCAGGCUAAAGUUAAUAAUACUGAACCUAAACCCAAUGAAAUCAAAGUCUGGAACAAAGAUAGUUCCUCCCAAGGUCUUCACCCUAGGCUCCAAAUGGCAAGAAAGAAUUACUUAAAAAUGAACAAAUAUCAUGUGAAAUACACUGGACCGAAGUAUACUGCUAAACUCAGCCCAGAACAAGUGUUGUGCCAGCUUCGGAAAAAACUAGACUUUAGGAUGAUAACUGCAUCUGAUGGCCCCUUUAAUACAACUGAAUGGGAGACAUACUUGCCUAAGAAAAAUAUCAGCAUGGAACUGGGCAAGCUAGGUCGAUGUGCAGUUGUAUCCUCUGCAGGAUCUAUGAAGCAGUCACAUUUGGGGGCAGAAAUAGACAGCCAUGACGCAGUCCUGCGGUUUAAUGGGGCCCCUACAAAGGGGUUUCAGGUGGAUGUUGGUGAGAAAACUACAUUACGUCUUGUUAAUUCUCAGCUUAUUACUGUUGAAGAAAAGAAGUUUAUUACAGAUGUACAGUAUAACUUUGGAACCAUUAUUGUGUGGGAUCCAUCACCAUAUCAUGCAAAUAUUGAUGAGUGGUUUCGGAAACCCGACUAUUAUUUCUUUGAAAGCUACAAGCAUUAUCGGAAAAGACAUCCCAAGCAGCCUUUUUAUAUCCUGAAUCCAUUCAUGCAGUGGCAACUCUGGGAUAUCCUCCAGGAGAAUUCACCAGAGGAUAUUCAGCCAAAUCCACCUUCUUCUGGCAUGCUUGGCAUUGUUCUUAUGAUGAACUUUUGUGAUGAAGUGGAUGUUUAUGAGUUUCUCCCCUCUAAGAGGCAAACAGACAUUUGCCAUUAUUACCAGAAAUUCUUUGAUCAAGCUUGCACACUGGGUGCCUACCACCCACUGCUCUUUGAAAAAAAUAUGGUGAAGCACCUUAAUCAAGGCACAGAUGAAGAUAUUUACAAUUAUGGGAAAGUGACUUUACCAGGCUUAAGGAAGGCACAAUGUUAGGAGUGUGAAACCCAUAUUCUGGGUUUGGAAGCCUGUCUUGAAUCACAAGGCACUUUAAUUUUUGAAAGUAAGGGUUGAAGGGACCUGUCAAGAAAUUAACAGGUUAUUAACAAUGAGCAUUUCUUCCAUUCAAUUUGCCUUAAUUCAGGACUGCAACAUGUGCCAGAGACAUACAUCACAUUCAGCAGAAUGUGUUUCCCAGAUGAGUGCCGAGAAUGUAAUUACCCAACAUGAUUACAGAAAUACAAUGAUAACUCUGAUUCUCAGAAAUUCAUUGGCUUGUGUCUAAUUUUUGUGACUGAAUUAAAAAGAAAAUGAAUGGGCAGUUAUUGCUUCAGAGCAGACACCGAAAGCUUCUAGAUGAGGCUUCCACAUUUUAGAAACAAUCCAGUGAUGGAGGAACCAGGGUUUCUGUGCCUUGUUAUCAGACUUGUGUCUGUUCUGGACUGUUCAGAUGCCAAUAUCAGGAUAUGAUCCAAGAGGACAAUAUUGUGAGCAAGAAUAUAUGGAUUUAGAGAGCCGUUUGUAAGGCCAUGGCUCCCGGCAAUGAGCUCAAGGCUUUAUCAAGACAUUUUGCAAUCCAAAGUAAAGAACAAGAUGGCUUUUCUUUCCAUACUUUAUCCAAAAGUUAGUCCUCCAGUGCUCUUAAAGGUAGCAGAGUAGUGUAGCAGGCAUAGGGUAUGCCACUUUCCAACAUCUUGCUGCUGCUAGCCAUCAGCAUUUACUACUGAAGUGAUUGUCCCAUUCUGUAGGACCAAUUCUGGAGAAGUUGAAAAAUGCUGCUCCAAAUUAGAUGUUGCAGAUACUAUAAAUGGUGCCAAAUUCUGUUGAAUGCCUGAUAUGCCAAGAUACUUCCAAUAUUACUAAAAUAAACCCAGUAUUAAAAAUUGGGAAGCAAUCUAUACAAACCUAACUGGAUCCAUCUUCUCUACAUGUAAUUAAAGAUGGAGCCAUGAAAAGUAUGCUACAAUAAUUGCUUUUUUAAUGUUUGUUUCCAGAGUAUGUAUUGCAGCUAAAGACUUUUUCCACAAUAUGAUAGUCUGGAUAAUUUUCAUAAUACAGGUGUUUUCAUAGAAUUAGUGUUGAAAGAGACCAAAACUCAACUAAUACUGUAACCUUAGACAGGAAUGAUGCUAUUUUUCACUUAUGCAUAUUCACAUACACAGUCAUAUAUACCCAAUACAGUAGUUCCUCUGAGCACAUGCACCAAGCUGUUUAAUUUUGGCUAAUUCAUCUGAAAGAACUAAACAGCUUAGAUUAUAAUGUGUUGUGACAACUUGUAAGUCACUUUCCAAACUGAAAUGUUGGCAGGGGUGCCGUUUUUGUCAUGCAUGGUUUUCCACGGAUUAUUUCCCCUGUUCUGCAUCCUCUUAAUUUCAGUGAGGAAAACACUGGCAUGAGAGGCUAUCCUGAGUCCUAUCUGAUGAAUGGAAAAGCUGUAGAUCUAAAAACUCUCCUCCAACCACUAUUUCAGGGCCUAUAACUGAGAGGAACAUUGUUGUUGGUAUAAUUACACCUGCAGUGCUUUUUGCAUCCAUAAUUGAUACUUCAAAAUGAUCACACCUCCUUUUAUCAAAAGAGAAGCAUUUUCAUCCAUCCUGGACACCCAAUGAAUUUUUCAACAGGAUUACGUUGUAUCUGUUCACCAUGCCACUGUUUAAAAUAUGCUAUAAAGGGGUUUUUUUUGCCUUUCUUAGGCUGUUCUUUGGUAUUCUGCCUUUGUGCAAGUAUCUUCACAAUGAUAGGUAUGAAAGGGCUACUUUUGGUAUUAUUUAUGAAAUAAUUUGCUACUUUAACUUUAAAACUGUUCUGUUAAAAGAAAAACAAAUGUAUUCAUAUAAUGUUGACGGUGCAGCUAAUCUUAUGUUUUUCAGGAGAAAAGAGUAUUCUGACACAUUAUGAUUACAAUGAUAACAUUAUAGUCAUGCCAUAGAACUACACUGGCCAAUCUUUUACCUGGUUAUUGUGCCAUCCUUAUUCUAGCUGGAUUUUGGUGGCAUGGCUUUCCUUACAUAUGCUACCAGAAUGUAGCCCAUGAAAGGGAGGCAACAUCCAUUUGAAAAACUGUGUGGUUCGUGAAAUAAUGAGUCCCUCAUAAGAUUCCAAUUCAUCAUCAGCUUUAAGUACCGCAUGUAAUUAUACAUAACAAAGUUUAAGAUUUUGAGGAAUACAGAUGCAAUUGGUAGGAGGUGACAUCUGCAUUUCAACUUCUAAUUAAUUUACUUGUGUAUAUAAAACCAACUGGAUAAGCACCAACCACUGAUAAGGAUUUUUUUUCUCUUACAUUAAUCCAGAUACAUGUAUUUGAAUUUCUUUAGGCAGAUCAUUGUCUGGUUUUCCACGUAUGUUAAUAAUAUGAAGGGGAGAUAACAGACGUUCCCCAGAUACUGAAGAGAUAUCUGCGGGGGCUGGACAAAAUAGCCAUCCCCACCUAAAAUUUGGAUAAUUGGAGCAAGCUUUCAUUGUACAUUCUUUCUACAUGAAAUGGUGUCAUGUGAAUCACCCCACCCAGCCACAGCAGCUGAAACAGGAAACAUUACUAUAAUAACUCCUGCUUAACCAGUUUUACAUACCUGAACAAUGUUAAGUUUUCUAAAAUCAUAUGAAGACAGUGAUGUCAUUCAAUAAUGUACUAUUUUUUAAUAGACUUGGAUGAAAAAAAAACUACUCUUAAGAUCCAAAUCCCAGCCAAUAUUAAAUAUUUUCAUUUUUGCUCCAGAAUGAAAACACGUGGAAUAAGAAGUGCUUUGCAUUCAGGGGUGUUUCUUUACCACUUUUAUAUGUAGAGAAUUGUUUUAUUAAGAAAUGUUUGCAUUUUUUUCAAGUCUGAUUUGUCUGAUUUGUCUGAUUUGUUAACAAUGAUCUUUAAAAUAAUUUGAAAUAACUCUGAAGGACCCAAAGAUGUAAAAUCUGUAAUAAAAAUUUUGUAAAGUCA